UCCCGAAGGCAGUGCUGGUAGAGACAUUUUUGUAAGAAUGGCGUCAUCUGAAUUGGGUAUGACAUGCGUGCCUUCUGUGCCCAACUCGUGAAAGCACUUGGUUUUUACAUUGUUGUACCAUUCUUACCAAUUAACUAAUCAAAUCGGGCUUAAACCUAAUGCAUACUAGGUAUUUACAUGAUAUCUAACUUUAUUUGUUAUGUUUUUACAUACAGCUGUUCAACCAGUUUCCAAAAAGAAGGGAAUGAAAAACAUUAAAAUCAUCCUACUUGUAAUCUUUCUGGGAGUUCUUCCUAUAGGCUUCAUAUGUACAUGGUUUUGUUAUAAACGAAUAAAAAGAAAUCACGCGGAGGAAGGGGAGGACAUGGAGCUACCAUUAUUUAGCUUCCCAACAAUUGCUAAAGCCACUGCCAAUUUUUCGCCGGAAAAUAAACUUGGAGAGGGUGGGUUUGGACUUGUUUAUAAGGGUCUGCUAGAGGAAGGGCAAGAGAUUGCAGUUAAGCGUCUCUCCAGGAAUUCAAGUCAAGGACUUGACGAGUUCAAGAAUGAAGUCAUAUGUAUCUCAGAACUUCAGCAUCGAAAUCUUGUGAAGCUUCUCGGUUGUUGCAUAUGUGGAGAUGAGAAGCUACUCAUCUAUGAGUAUAUGCCAAAUAAAAGCUUAGACUCGAGCAUUUUUGACAAGACACAAAGCAUGUUUCUUGACUGGACACAGCGCUUCAACAUUAUCAAAGGAAUUGCUCGAGGACUCGUUUACCUACAUCAGGAUUCACGGUUAAGAAUCAUUCAUCGAGAUCUUAAAGCUAGCAAUAUUUUACUUGAUCAAGAUAUGAAUCCUAAAAUAUCAGACUUCGGAAUAGCUAGAAGUUUUGGAGGAAACGAGACUGAAGCAAACACAGAAAGAGUUGUCGGUACAUAUGGUUACAUGUCUCCGGAGUAUGCACUAGACGGUAUUUACUCCAUAAAGUCAGAUGUUUUUAGCUUUGGCGUCUUGGUGCUGGAGAUUGUGAGCGGGAAGAAAAACAGGGGAUUCAUCCAAGCUGAGGACGAAAAUAAUCUCAUCGGACAUGCAUGGAGUCUCUAUACAGAAGGCAGGUCAAUGGAAGUAAUGGAUGAAAGUUUAGCUAAGUCCUGCCAUCCACACGAAGUUUUAAGAUCAAUCGAAGUUGGAUUGCUAUGUGUUCAACAAAAUGCAAGUGACAGGCCAGAUAUGCCGUCUGUGAUAAUAAUGUUGGGCGGUCAGGUUGCAUUACCACAACCUAAACAGCCAGCAUUUUUCAUGGAAAAGGAGCUACCUCGUGCUGCCUUCUCUUCAGUGACUUAUACAACAUCUUCGAUCAAUGAGCUCACUAUCACGGAGGUCAAUGCUAGAUAGAGAGCUUACUAGCUAGUUUCAUGUGCUCUAAUUGAAGUACGGUGUGGUUUGGAUCAGUGGCAUCCUGGACAGAGGUUAGAGGUUCGAUCCUCAUCCAUGCAAAGGACGGAGGUCCUUAUCUAGCAUUUAGGUCAAACCUCAAAGCAGUCUCUCUACCUAGGUAGAGGUAAGGCCUGUCCACAUCUUAACCUCUCCCAUACACCGUUGAGGUAUUGGGCCUAGAACCCAUGGAAGACGGCAGUGGGAAGUUCCUUUUCUUUUCUUUUUUUGUUUGGUAAUAAUAUGUAGCUCGAUGGAAUAAAGUAGUCAAAGAAUGGGAAGCAUAAGGCCAUCUUAUGGAUUUCAGUGAUCGGAUAUAAAUCAGGCCCCAUAGAUGAAAUGCUUAAGGCUAUGUUUGGUAAGAGCUUUUAGAGAGCUUUAGCUUUUAAUUUUUGAACAAAAAGAUCCUAUUGUGUUAAAA